GGUGCCAUGGAUGUGUGCUUCGUACAGCGCAACAUCACAGUCAAGUAAACCUAAGACUGCAAUCAUAAUGCUUAAUAUGGGCGGGCCUAAAACCACUGACCAGGUAGGCGACUAUCUCCACCGAAUAAUGACAGAUCGCGAUAUGAUUCAAUUGCCCGUACAGAAUAAACUAGGGCCAUGGAUAGCGAAGCGGAGAACGCCUGAAGUUACCAAAAAAUAUGAAGAGAUAGGCGGAGGGUCGCCUAUAUUAAAAUGGACACAAACUCAAGGUAAAUUGCUAACAGAAGAAUUGGACAAAGUAUCAAAAUUGACAGCUCCACACAAGCCCUAUGUAGCGUUUAGAUAUGUACCCCCGUUUACUGAAGAAACAUUUGAACAGAUAGAAAAGGAUAGAAUAGAGAGGGCGGUGAUAUUUUCCCAAUAUCCACAGUACAGUUGCGCCACCACAGGUUCGAGUAUGAACGCCAUAUUUGACUUCUACAAAAAUCGCAAAGUUCCACCGAUACAGUUCAGUAUCAUAGAGCGUUGGGGCUCGCACCCGUUGUUGGCGAGAGUGUUCGCAGAACGUAUAAGGGAGAAACUGACGCUUUUCGACCCUAAACUUCGCAAUAAUGUGCUCAUAUUGUUCACAGCCCACAGUCUGCCGUUGAAGGCAGUAUCGAGAGGCGACACCUACCCACACGAAAUCGCGGCGUCAGUAUCGCAAGUGAUGACUCAAUUGAAAGUUCCCAACCCACAUCGAUUGGUGUGGCAGUCCAAGGUGGGACCGUUGCCUUGGCUCGAGCCCUAUACUGAUGAUGCUAUUAAGCUGUACUCCAGGCAAGGCCACAAGCACAUGAUUCUAGUCCCUAUAGCGUUUGUCAACGAACAUAUAGAAACUCUACAUGAACUUGAUAUUGAAUACUGCGACGAGAUUGCCAAAGAGGCGGGUGUAGUACAAAUAGAAAGGGCAGCUACCCCCAACGACCAUCCCAUAUUCAUCCAAACGUUAGUCGAUGUGGUCAACACACAUUUACAACAGGGGCCUCGAAUAUCAUCACAGUUCCUUACACAAUGCGUGCACUGCACAAGUCCCCGCUGCAAAGCUUCUAAAGAAUUCUUCAACAGUCUCUGUAGUACGCCAGUCACAGCCUCGGAGCGCAUCUUCGUAGAUCCACGGCAUAGUGUCGCCCGCGCAUAGUUAAUAAGCAUAUUUGCAGGACCAGUUUUCAUAAAAUUUUAAAUAGGCAUGUAGUUGUUAUCGACACUUUUAUCGAUAGAUUGUGAAAGAAGGUAAAAUUUUUCCAAAAAUGUCUUGAUUGUUAAUGUUACGACGUUCUAAUGAUUACUAAUUGCGUUU